AUGGCCUUUAAAGACCUGGACUUAUAUAGCACCAAGCUUUGGGAGCUAAAUUCCCAAUCUUGCAAUGCUUGGAUCGCGAAGUGGAAGCAUCUCCCACUAGAGAUUGCGCAACAGCCAAUCCCAGCGGAGUAUGGCACUGCGGACUUCAUCAAGGGCCCAAUUCCUGGCGAGCCGCAAACGGGACGUGGGGUCCCUCCACAGUCGGAAGAUGACCAGCUGGUUGCCUGCAGCUACAGGGUUGCCUGCAGCUACAGAGGAUUGAAGACAUUAUCUGAUUCGCUCGAUAUGCUAAUCUUCGUCGCGCGGAUGUAG